AUUUGUGUUUAGUGCUGUUUAACCUUUACCCCCUUAAUUUCCCUUCUAAAACUCACCAUCUUUAUUCAAACUUUUGUCAGAUUUCCUUCUGUUUUUUAACGUGUCUGUGUUUUUAAUGUGAAAUACUGGAUAAUGAACAUGUGAAUGUGUGAGUUACAAAAGUGGCAGUGGGUCACGUGUGCCGGUUAUGAAAGAGUGAAUGUGGUGCGUCAUUUCAAACAGUCAGCUUCUUGUCUGCACAUUAUUUAAAGCUUUUAUGUUCUACUCGCACUAAUCUCUAAAGACCCGGCACAGAAACCAAAUCCUCAGAACUGGAGAAACACAGCACAGGACCUCCACCAAACCCUCAGGACCAAAGAAACAGCACAGGACCUCUACCAAACCCUCAGGACCGACCGCAGAAGAAAGACCACACUGGACUGAAGGAAGACAGAAAUAAGAAUAGUUUUAUUUAGAACAAGUUUACAGUAUAAACGUUAAAUCUCAGCUUUGUAACACACUGUCAUCAGUAGAAGUUAACGAUGACUGUAGCCGUAAAAAGGUUGUAUCACGUCUCUGCAUUCAGCUGGUACAUCUAUGUGGUUAGGAGUCUCGCUGCGAAGGAUGGCGAGGAGUUACCACCUGGAAUCUUUGUUUAUGGAGGACCCUGGAAGUACCUGACCUUCCUGAACCUGUUGUUACAGAUGUUUUUCUUUGGAGUUGCUGCUCUCAACGACCUUCAUCCUGGGAAAACGACACAGACUUUUCUGAGCAGAUUUAGGGACUUCCUGUUCUCGGUCUUUGUGUUUCCUGUCGGUUCGUUUGUUGUUCUUCUUUUCUGGACGAUCUUCAGCUACGACAGAGAGUUAGUCUACCCGGCAACCAUCGACGCCUUCUUCCCCCCCUGGAUGAACCACGCCAUGCACACAUUCGUCCUUCCUAUCAUUCUCGGUGAAAUUCUGUUGCAGCCUCAUGUCUACCCGACGACAAAACUUGCUCUAACAGUGCUUACUGUUGUGGGCGUGGCUUACUUAAGCUGGAUCAUCUGGGUCUACGUCUCUGUUGGUAUCUGGGUCUACCCGCUCCUUGGUCGGUUCAACUCAGCUGGUCUGGUCUUCUUCUUCUUCUUCAACAUGACGGUGGUCCUGCUGCUGUUCAAGCUUGGAGGCAAACUGAACGCAUUGGUGUGGAGACGGAGCGGCUUGUAUUGAUCCGGAGAACCUCACUGAAGUUUGGACUCAAAUCAAGAGAAGAAGAACCUCACCGAAGUUUGGACUCAGAUCCAGAGAAGAAGAACCUCACUGAGGUCUGGAGUUGAAUCCAGAGAAGAAGAACCUCACUGAAGUUUGGACUCAUAACCAGAGAAGAAGAAUGUCCAUGUUUAAUCUCACUGUUUUUGUAAUUUUUUAACCCUUCAUAACACUAAGGAUGGAAACAGGUGCUGUCUAACAUUGCCUCUUUAGGACAUCAUCAGUUGCCAUGGACACUACAGCUUCAUCCUCUACACUGACACCUAGUGGUUAACCACUGUAUAAUAGUUUUUCUUACCCGUCUUUAAAUCAUCACGGCUGCUCAGAAAUGUGGAGUCAUGUCAGUCCAAACUUUCUCUUUGAGGAGACGCCUGUAGAUUUGAUAUUAAUAAUAAUACCAUAUUAAUAAAAAUAACACUGAAACUUCAACUUAAACCUUAGUCACUAUUUAUUUCUUAGCCUGGAGGAUCAUUGAUUGAUCAUCACACAUCUGAGCUAAAAUUAACAACAGUUAAUUUUAUUUAUAUACAUAACAGGGCUGUCAAGAGAUCAACAUUUUUAAUUGCA